GCAGUUUUUAAGAAGUUUUCCUUGCCAAAUUUAAUUAAAUGGACUAGUGUCACUGAUUGAGAUAUACUUGUUUAUUAGAGGAGGUUAUGUAAUAAAAAACACUGAGCCAGGUUAUGUGGGGCCAGCAGCUUGCAUUAGUAUUAGGUCAAAAGGAUUUAUUGAAGAAUAUCUCCAGAAGAAAACAUCCUCAGGGCUCUGACCAGCAUAAAGCAUCGCAGCCUCAGGACAACUCUGUUGAAGCAUGUGAGAACAUUGAAAAUGUCGGGCUGUGGAAGGAAGUUGAGAAUUUGAAGACUGAUAAGAAUGCUCUCAUGCAGGAGUUAGUCAAACUUAGGCAGAACCAGGAGAGUGCUGAUAAUAAGUUGCUUCGCCUGAAGGAUCGUCUUCAAGGAAUGGAAAAGAAUCAGCAACAGAUGCUCUCAUUCUUAAUUAUGGCAAUGCAAAGCCCAGGCUUUUUGGUUCAGCUGCUUAAGCCUAAGGAAAAUAACCGGUAUAUGACUGAAGCAGGCAAUAUGCUAGGUAGCACUGCAGAGGAUAGUGAACCAGUAGCUUCUGAUGGUAUGAUAGUAAGAUACCAACCACCUGUGGAGGAAGCACCAAAGCCAGUACUCAAACCAGUGAUAGACUCGAAGAUUCCUCCUGAAUUUGAUGCAUCUUCUGGAGGGAUGAAAGAUUUUUGGAUGAAUAUUGAUUUUGUGAAAGCUCUUGUGGAUGAUAGUCACAUACCUUUUGCCCCACCAGAUUUACAUGACGAUGGUGCUUGGGAAAAGCUUCUUCUAGCUAACCCUUUUCUAGAGAAUGGAGAAGAUGGAAAGAAAGAUAAAGAAUGCCCUACAGACUCGGGUAUGGAAGUUGAAGUAACAGGGUCCGGAACGCAUUUGGACAAAUCACAUAAUUUUGAACUUCUACUGCAAAAUAUGGGGAAUUCUCAUUACUUAGAGAUUGAACCGAUUGUAAAUGGAUCACAGUUGGAGACAUCCGAGAACUUGGAACUUCUAACAGAGCAAAUGGGGCAUUUGACUUCUGAAAGUGACCAUAGGGAUGAAAUCCCUAGUAAGUAGUGUAAAUAAUAUGGUAGUCUCUGAAACUUAUUUUAAAUAUGUAUAAGAAACUAAGAAAGUGAUAUAUCUCCAUUUCAUACAUUCAUAUUUCUCAAUCUAUAGAGAGGAAAAGGUUGGGAUAUUAAUUAUUUUUAAGAGUCAGAGACUUUAUAUGUAUUUUUUUGAAAAUAUAUUUUUUAUUUUUUA